AUGGACGGCUGCCAGGUCCGCUACGGCGACAAGAUAGCCCUCGGCAACUGGAGUCAAUCGACGCCGGCUGGCCCCAAGGAUGGCCUCAUCUGGACCGUGCGUCGAGGCGAGCGCUGGGGCGUCUUUGGCCCCAACGGCUCCGGCAAGACGACCAUCGUUGCGUUGCUCUGCUCGGAUCACCCGCAGACGUACGCCCUGCCGAUCAAGCUCUUUGGCCGGAGUCGCAUUCCCGAGCCGGGCUCUGGUGGCAAGGCACUCACGUUCUGGGACAUUCAGGCGCGCAUCGGCCACUCCAGUCCCGAGGUGCACCAGCACAUGCCGCGCAACCUGACCGUGCGGGCCGUCCUCGAGAGCGCGUGGGCGAGCACCUUCAGCGCCGUGCCGCGUCUCGACGAUGACGCGCACGCGAGGGUCGAAGCUGCACUGAAGUGGUUCGCGCCCGAGCUGGAUCCCAGCUUCCAGUCCCGUGCGGCAGAGGGGGGUCUCGCGUGGGCGGACGACAACCUCUUCGGCAAGCUCUCCUUCAGCGCGCAGCGCGUGGCACUACUCGUGCGCGCCGUGAUACGAGGCCAGGACGUCGUGGUGCUCGACGAGGCGUUUGGCGGCAUGGACGAGGUCGUGCGGGAGAAGUGCAUGGCUUUCCUCGAGCAGGGCGUCGACGGCGGCGUGCCGGGCCUGUCGGAGGCGCAGGCGCUCGUCUGCAUCAGCCACGUGCGGGAGGAGGUGCCGGACUGCGUCGAGGCGUGGAUGUGUCUGCCCGAGGCCAACGAGGGGCUUCCUGCGCGGUUUGGGAGGUUCAGGGGGUCUGUGAGGAAGGGAGAGAGGGGCUGGAAGGAGGUUUGGGGGGGUUGGAGCUGA